UUAAAAAAACAUAAUAAUGAGGCUGGAACUUCUCAAUCAACCCAAGACACACAAGGUUCUAUGUCUUGGAAGGAUGACAUAUUUUAUCAAGUACAAGGACCUGAUAAAAACGGACGUGUGCGAUGUAUGGGCAAGAUUCCUCAUUCUAAAAAAUCGAAGGUUUGUGCAUCUGAAAAUGAAGAGUUGCGCGAAAGAGUUAAGAAUAUGGAAAACUUGUUAGCAAAUGUGAUGACUUUAAUUCAAAAUCGAUUUUCUGGAGCAGAUGUUAAUGAUAUAAUACAAGCUGCAAGACAGGUUCCUGAUGCUACUAGUGCUCAAAACCAUUUGAAUUCACUUACUCCAAACAACAACGAAAAUAAUGAAAAUGGUGAAGAUUAAAAGUUAAUUUGUUGUUGAAGAUGGAAUAUUGGCAAAUUAGUGGACUCAAUUUCUUAAUAUUUUUUGAGAUUGUUAUGUGUGACACAAGAUGUCUAUUUUAAAUGUCUAUUUUUUGAGGUU